AUGUCUACGAUUCAUAAAUUGGAAAUACGAGGAAUACGCAGCUUUGGUGUCGAGCGUGACGAUGUUCAGCAACUAAACUUUCGGUCGCCGCUUACGCUGAUCGUGGGGCAAAAUGGUUGCGGUAAGACCACCAUCAUCGAGUGCCUUAAGUUUGGUUUAACGGGCGAGCUUCCACCGGGCGUCAACCGGGGUGUUGGUUUUAUUCAUGAUCCCAAAAUAUUUAACACCGUGGAAAGCCUCGGACAGGUGAAGCUAAUGGUGAAGGAUUGCGCCGACAACAUGGUGACAGCCAUUCGCUCGAUGAAAAUAACCCACAAGGGAAAGAAUCCCAAGUUCGAGACGAUGGAUUCUACCAUCAUUAUGGAGGAUUCCAAAACAAAGGAAAAAAUCACCAUGACACGGUCGCGUGUUGUGGACAUCAAUAACGAAAUGUGCGACACAAUGGGAGUGUCGAAGGCGAUCCUAAACAACGUUAUAUUUUGCCACCAAGAAGACUCCUGCUGGCCACUGGAUGAGCCAAAAGAGUUAAAGAAAAAGUUCGAUGCCAUUUUCGGAACCACCGAGUACAACAAGGCCAUCGAAAAGUUAAUCAAACAGGGAAAGGAAUACAAUGAUAAGCUGAAGGAUAAGAUGAGAGAUUUGAAGCUAAUGGAAAAUUUAAAAAUACAAACUGAAACUAAACAGCUACAGUUGGAAGAUGGAGACAGCAAACUAGAAAAGUUACGUGAAACUAUUGCCGACCUGGAGAGCGAUAUUAAGCCGAUCCAAAUUAAGCUCGAACAAUUGUCAUUGGUAGAGCGACAGUAUUCAUCGCUGUUGGCAAAACAGAUCGAAUACAGCUCGAAGAUUAAAAGCAAACAAGAGCAAAACCAACAGCUGAAGUCAAAGAUUAAGAAACUGUUCGAAGGGUCUUUGGCUGAGUUGGAAAUGGAAAUUAAGAUAUUUCAGCAAACCUCAGCAUCGAAGCGUUCCGAGCUGGAAGAGGACGAAUCGGAAUUGCAAAGCAUCAAGUCGAAGGAUCAUUCACUGCAGAACAAGCUCCACUCAAUAGAUGGGCAAAAGAUUGAGCUUGCCGAAAAGCAGAAACGUGAACGUGAAUUGCAGAUUGAGCGAGGUAAAAAGAUGAAGUCGCUCGGUGAUAAGCUUACCAUUCCAUUAUCCGAUGACUAUGGUGACGCUUCGAUCAGCGCUAGUAUUAUAGAUUCGGCCCUCAGCUCGAUCCGCAAUGCUUUGAAAACCCAAGACACAAAUGUACAAUCAAAGACCAAAGCGUUUGAUGAAGAAGAUGCUCGGGCUCAAAAAAGCAUCGAUAAAUUGCGCGAAACCAAGGCAACCCUGGAGAGUGGUUCCAUCUCGAAGCGCAAGCAAAUUGACCAACUAGAACGGGAAAAGCUGCAAACCAUGCGUGAGGUGACUGAAAUAGAAAGAUCUGCCGAAAUGCUGAAGCGACUGAUCGAUGAAAUCAACCGGCUUGAGCAGGAGUACGAAACACAGGUGGCAGCUGCAAAUUUACCGGCAAUGAAAAAUGAUUUGAUCGAACGGAAGCAGCUUCGCGAUCAGCUGCAAGGUGAGUUAGAUCGUUUGGAAGAACGCAUUAGCUCACUGGAUGAGGUAGCGAUGAAGGAAAAUGAACUUACUCUGAUGGAACAGCAAUUUACAAGCCGUGAAACCGAGCUUGGCAGAUUGCGCAACAAACACGCAGUUAACUUACGUCGUUUGUUUCCCGAUCGCACCAUUGAGUCGAAGUAUAGGAGCAACAUGCAAAACCUGUACGACGAUUUGCAAAAGGAGGUAAAAACUGUGAAUGAUAAAAUACGCCGAGCACAAGCGAUUGUAACAGAGAUGGAAACGACACGUAAAAAUCAAAAGGCGCAACUUGACCGACUGGAGCGUGAUUUGGGAGAAGCGGAAGAAAAGAUUUACAACGCCUGUCGCGGUAAUGAUUACGAGGAAGUGUUGACCAAGCUGAAAGAAAAAAUAUCCAAAAACAAUUUGGAGCAUGGAGAAGCGCGAUCGGCCGUAGUGUUGUACCAAAAGUUUAUCUCCAACAUCGAAAAUGAUCGCUGCUGUCCAGUGUGCGACAAGGGAUUGGAGAGUGAAGAUGUACACGAUAUCAGUGGUAAGUUGUCUGAUGAAAUUCGACGAUUGCCGGAGAAGAUCGAGACGCUGGAACGAACGCUCAAGAAGGAUCAUUCCGAUUACGAUAAGCUACUCGCUUUGAAGCCCAUUUACGAACGGUUGGAAAAGCAAAAGAAAGAACUGCCUCAGUUGAAACAGCAACUGCAGGAUACGGAAAAGCGCCUCACAAUUGCAUCGGACGAAUUGGAGGAAUAUCAGCUAGCUGUGUCGGAACCGACCGCCAACAUGCAGCUUAUUAACUCGAUUGUCGGUGAUAUGAGCAUUCUAGACAAGCUUGGCAGCGAUUUGGAACGCAUGAAGCGUAAUGUCGAUGAGCUUCGAACUCAGCUGGGAACUCGCAUUUCCGAGGGAGUGACGAUUGAAUCACUUAAGGCGGAACGUGAAACAUUGCGCGUUAAGUUUAAAACGGAGCGAAAUUUGGUUGAAGAAAUGCGAACCACAAUCGAGACAAAGACGGAAAAGCUUAACAACUUGCAGUCCCGCAACAAUCAGAUGAAGUCGAAGAAGCUGAAGCUUCAGGAAUCAGUUCAAUCAUUGGAGCAGAAGCGUGCAAACGUCAGCGAACUGGGUGUCAAAAUUAUUACACUGAACGAUGAGCUAAAAGAUGCCGAACAGCAGCUUAACCCCGUAAAGAUGCAACUGCAGAAGGAAGUAGAGCAAAAGCAGCGUGCAAAGGAACAAAAUAAUCGAGAGCUACAAAGGUUGCGCAAAACAUUAGAUGGGUUGCGUUGGGAGGAGACGGAAAUCGCUCGGUUGGGAUGUGAGUUGGACGAGCUGGCUGUGUUGAAUUUGAGUGCAGAAUUGAGUAAUCUUCAGGCGAAAAAAGACCAGGUACAGCAGGAGCAAGACCAGCUGAAGCGGAUUAUGGAAUGUAAGGCGAAAAGUAUAGAAAAGCAGAGACAUGACAUUGCCAAUCAACAUUUGCAAGAACGCGACCUGCUAGACAACAGGGAUUUGAAGCGUAUUAUACGUGAAACGACAGAUCUAGAAGCGCAGCUAGCCGUGUUGGUUAAAAACAUGGGAGAAAUGGAAGUGGGAAGCGUACAGAAAGAACGCGACCGGCUUUUAGACGUUCGCGACGGUUUGCAGGCCAAGCGCAGUGAACUUAACGGUCAGACGGGUGAAUUGCAGCGUCAACUUAACGACCUCCGCAAAGAGUUGGGUCGCGAUGAAUUUCGCAAUGCUGUCCGGAACUACAUCCAAAAUUUGCACGAGACUAUAGUGCUGCAAAAAAUAAUUAGCGAUCUCAAAAAGUACAGGGAUGUGUUUGAAGACGCAUUAAGGGAAUUUCACACGGAGAAGAUGCAAGAGAUCAAUCGUACCAUUUUUUCACUGUGGCGUGAUAUCUAUCGCGGAAACGAUAUUGAUUACAUACGCAUCAAUACGAUAGACGAAGGCGUGGAACGGACGGAGCGACGGCGAUUGUACACGUACGGUGUAAUGCAGGCAAAGAACGACGUAGAAAUCGAAAUGCGUGGUCGCUGUAGUGCCGGUCAGAGGAUGUUGGCCUCGCUUAUCAUACGCUUGGCGCUAGCGGAAACAUUCAGCAGCAACUGCGGCGUGAUGGCCCUAGACGAACCAACUACUAAUCUGGACCGAGAAAAUAUAGAUUCGCUAUGCUUAGCACUGCGACAGAUUGUCUCCGAACGAGAAGGAGGUCCCUCUCAGCUGAUUGUAAUCACGCACGACGAGGAUUUUGUGACCAAGUUGGAGAAGUUGGAGACUUAUCAUCGCAUUUCACGUAACAACGAAGGCAAGUCGGUGAUAAAAGAGGAAAAUGUUUAA